AUGCCCAUGAUGGGGAUGGGGAUGGGGAUGGGGAUGGGGAUGGGGAUGGGUCAAGGGGGUGGGUUUUAUAAAGGCCCCGUCAAAAUCCUAGGAGGCGGCGAAGAAAGCGGCGGUUCCUUCGGCGAAAAUAAAAAUUUAUUCGACAAUCUCUUCUACAAGAAAUUCUUCGGGGGUCAAGGGGCGCAAUUCGGAGAGGGAAACUCGAAUUUCUUCAUGGACAAAGGAAUGAUGAAGAAUCUAAACGGAAAUUCCGGGUUCUACAAUAACAUUGUAAACGAUAAAAAUCUUUUUGAAGAUACCAAAGGUUACCAAGGAGGGCAAGUCUUCACCAAACAAGGUAAAAACGAAGACCUUUCUAAAGCCAAAAAAGGCCAGAAAAAAGGCCGCAAAGUAAAAGGCUUCCACACAACGCACGAAUCAAACGAAGCCAGUAACACUGAAGAAAUCUACGAUGAAGAACACAACGAGGCAGAUCGCAAAUCCACUAAAGGAGAACAAGGGGAAUUCGGUAAAAACGAAGAAAAGUCGUACGAAGGCGAGAAGAAGGAUGCGAAAUUCGAAGCAGAGCAAAAGAAGAAAGAAGGUAAAUUCGAGGAGGAGAAGAUGGGAAGCAAAGAAAGCGCUGAAGGUGGUCAUUUUAAUGGAGAGAAACAGGUUGCUGGGGGUGGCUCGCAUUCUAUUAAACAUAAUGGAGGUGAUGUGGGAGGAAUGGGUCAUCAUCAGGCUAAUAAAAUGUCCAAGCAUUAUAUUAUAUAAUUGUUAAUAAAGUUAAUAAAAUUAAUGUUAA